AUGGAAGACUUUGAAGAGAACAAUUACAGUAUAAGCUAUUUUUUUAUAGACAAUAAUGAAAUAGACAAUUUAUCUGUGAAUUCUUCUUGUAUUAAUGAUGAUACUAUGGAAGUAAAUGAAACCGGCAAACCAUUACAACUAUGUACUAGGUCUUUUGUGUGGAAGUAUUUUGUAAAGAAAAAAAAACCUCUUAUGCAAGAUGUACCUGAACUGAAUAAAGAAAAGAAGAAGCUGAAUGUUUCUGUUAUCGACAUGCUUCAAAAUCAGCAAACUGUUAAUAAUCAUUCUAGUGAACCUUUUGAUUUAAACAUUUUUAAAGAUCUUAUCAAACAUUGGAUUGCAAAUGUGCUCUCUGCAGAUUCUAUAAAAAGAUAUGUUAUGAAUGACUUUGAAAAAGAACACCGCAAGCUUAUGGUGAAGUUACAGAGAAUUUCUGAGAAAUUUUCAGUUAUGACUGAUAUAUGGAUAAUGAAUACCAAUGAAAAAUUCUUUAUAGCAGUUACCCUUCAUUACUUGAAUACUUCUUGA